AGCGAGCAGAGAAAAGAGAAAAGAGAAAAGAGAGAAGAGAGAAGAGACAACAACACUAAUCACAUUGCGGGGGAUAGCCCAGGCCCGAGCCGGGCUAGAUGGGUCGUGCUGGUAAAAAUAAACGAAAAGAAGCGACCAACGCCAGACGCCAGGCCUGCCACCUGCUGGUUUCCACGCCUUUUCCACCUGUAGCCCAUGUACGAGUGUUUUGGGACCCCACGAUGCCCAGUUCCAGACAAGAAUUUCAACUACCAACGCCACUUUUACAGCCCGACCUGCAUACCCCCGUCCGCCUUCAGCUACCCUUCGUGCUUCGGGGAAGCGGCAGCUGAUCGUUUACAGCUUCCAGUCGUUUUUUCCGUUCAAGUGUCGUGCUUGAGAAGUCAGUCAAAAGUCUCACUUCUGGCUGAGGACAUGACUGGCUGUGCUCACCUUCGGAAUGACAUCCAGUUUCAGCCCAGGCGCCGACAAAUGAAAGGUCUCUAUCCACCACUUUGAUGGCUGCAUCGUGGGUCUCACGCAUGGAAUUGAUCUGCGUCGCUUGCUCCAGGAGCCUAGCGUCGGCGACGUCGGAGGGUUUUCCAUUCUUACAGUUUCCGCUGUAUACAAUCCGCUCG